GAGAGAAAUGUGAAAGAAAGAAGAAUGACCGUUUGGUAUGGCGCCAUCUUAUCAUCUACCUUAUAUUAUCCGUAUUAAAAGAUAAACAAUCUCUCUCUCUCUCUCUCUGCUAUUUCAUGGAGUCUUUUUCCAGCUGCCUCUCAGUUUCUCCACCAUCACUAAAUCCUCCAAAUAUCCCCAAAUCACAUCUUCUCCUCCCAAAUUACAACCCAAAAAUCAUCUCUUUCCGUGGUUCCUCCCCCACCAAUGAAACCCAAACCCUAACUCACAAAUCCAUCAAUAUUUCCAACACCACCAUUUGCCCCAAUUAUUUCCAAAAUAAUCUCUCUUUUCUCAAACCCCACCAACUGUUUCUCAAGCCUCAAUUCUCAUUUCCCCUUUUCGGACUUUUUUCCCCAUUUUCUUGCCUCGCUUCUGAAUCCGCUGUUCUUCCCGAUGAAGGAGUCUCCAACAAAAUUAACCUGGAGUCCGUUGUGGUUGCCGUUGAUAACUUUUUCAAUCGAUACCCCUUUUUCGUGGCCACGGUGACGUUCGUGUGGCUGGUUGUGAUCCCUCUGACGGAGGAGUAUCUGCAGAAGUACAAGUUCAUCUCCGCCAUUAAUGCGUUUAAAAAGCUGCAGGAGGACCCGUCUUGUCAGUUGCUGGAUAUAAGGGACGUUAAGAGCCUCGCAGUUUUGGGCUCGCCCAAUUUGAAAAUCCUGCGCAAGAGUGUGGCCCAGGUCCAGUUUCGGGAGGGUGAUGAAGAUGGCUUUGUGAAGAGGGUAUUGAAGAUUUUUGAGGAGCCAUCUGAUACUACUGUUUGUAUCUUGGACAAUUUUGAUGGUAACUCUUUCAAAGCGGCCGAGCUAUUGGUGAAAAAUGGCUUUAAAGAGGCUUAUGCAAUUCGGGGAGGGAUCCGAGGACGAAAAGGAUGGCAGGAUAUACAAGAGACCCUCCUACCUCCAUCUGUACAUAUCUACCCGACAAAGAGGUCUAAGAAGCAAAAGAAACUGGAUACAAAUGGAGGGAUAACUCAACAGGAUGGAAAUAAUGAUGCAUUUUCCGUAAAUAAAGUUCCCAAUGCUGAAAACACUGUUAAUGAAAUUGAAAGUGAAGAUAUUAGUUUGAGUAGUCCUGUCCAAUCUAAUCUAGGACAAAGGCCACUGUCACCAUACCCAAAUUACCCAGAUUUCAGGCCUCCGUCUUCUCCAACUCCAUCAAAGCCAAAAUGAUAUCAGCUUAGCUUGUACCAGAGUUGUUGCAGUUUCGUCUUCUUCAUUCUUUUGACGGGAUAUUUGAAAUAGGUUCCUCCGUCUUCUCUAUGUACUUGACUCCCUUACUACGUGAAGUAGGGUGGACAGGUCUUUGAUGUUUUAGUUACAUUUUAUGGAAUUGAAGGAAAUAUUUUGUUGUACAUUGGAAGGGUAUGAUAGUUUUGAAGAUGGUUUCAUGUGUGAAUCUUGUUUAUAUUUUCUCUUUAAAUACUAUGCUGAAAUUCCGUUCUAUAUCUUGAGUUCGGUCUUUGGAAAAAUGUGGCUAGACUAAAGAACUUUUUAUAGUAACCACCAUAAAGGUUUGAUGUGGGAUAUAUAAGAGGAGCAUUUUUGGAUUUGCAGUGUAAAUGUAACAGGUUUGAAUAUGUGC